AUAGUGUACAUUUUUUCAACCAAACAACAAACUAGUCCAAUCCCCAUUUCAAUUCUACAAACAAACACCCACUAAGCUGACCAAUCUCUAGCCUCUCUUCCUCACAUGGGCCACUACGACCGUUCCCAAAUCCUCCCCAGUUCCCUUUUCUUCCCCAAGAAUUGUUCGCCACUAAGCGCAACCCAAGUUUCCUCAAAAGGGUUUGGUCAAUCUAGGGUUUUGGGCUACUUGUUUGCAAAUUCAACAAUUCACCAAGUACCUUGUAUUGUUGCAAUGCAAGAAGAUAACACUAAGUUAAGAAUUCCGCAUGUUCUGACUGUUGCUGGUUCUGAUUCUGGAGCUGGUGCUGGAAUUCAAGCUGAUCUCAAGGCUUGUGCCGCCCGUGGAGUGUACUGUUCCACUGUGAUCACAGCUGUCACUGCUCAGAACACCAUUGGAGUUCAGGGUGUGAACAUGGUGCCCGAGGAUUUUGUUGCAGAGCAAUUAAAGUCCGUGCUGUCUGACAUGAAUGUUGAUAUUGUGAAAACAGGCAUGCUUCCUUCCAUUGGCAUAGUGAAGGUUCUUCAUCACUGUCUCAAGCAGUUCCCAGUUAGAGCUUUAGUUGUUGACCCUGUAAUGGUAUCUACAAGUGGAGAUGUACUGGCUGGACCUUCCAUUCUUGCUGGAUUUCGGGAGGAUCUUUUUCCCAUGGCUGACAUUGUAACUCCAAAUUUAAAAGAAGCAUCUGCUUUACUUGGUGGUGUUCAAUUGGAAACAGUCGACGACAUGCGUUCUGCUGCAAAAUCUAUCCAUGACAUGGGUCCACGAAAUGUACUUGUCAAAGGAGGUGACCUCGCUUCUUCAUUGGAUGCUGUUGAUAUUUUUUUUGAUGGAGAUAAUUUCUAUGAGCUGCGUUCACCACGUGUAAGAACUCGGAAUACUCAUGGAACUGGCUGCACUUUGGCUUCGUGUAUAGCGGCUGAGCUUGCAAAAGGUUCUUUAAUGCUAUCAGCUGUUAAGGUAGCUAAACGCUAUGUUGGAUCUGCCUUGGAUUACAGCAAAGACAUUGCCAUUGGAAACGGGCUUCAGGGUCCUUUUGAUCAUCUAUUAAAGCUCAAGAGUAAUGUCCACAAUUCAUGUAGACCACAGGUGUUUGACCCAAGUGAUCUCUUCUUGUAUGCUGUUACUGAUUCGGGGAUGAACAAAAAGUGGGGUCGUUCCAUCACAGAUGCUGUCAAAGCUGCCAUAGAAGGAGGUGCCACCAUUGUCCAGCUGAGGGAAAAGGAAGCUGAAACGCGAGAUUUUCUUGAAUCAGCCAAGGCAUGUGUUGAAAUUUGCCGUGCCUAUGGUGUUCCUCUGCUGAUAAACGACAGAAUUGACAUUGCCCUUGCUUGUGAUGCUGAUGGCGUGCACGUUGGUCAGUCUGACACGCCUGCUAGUAUUGCUCGCACUCUUCUUGGGCCCGAAAAGAUCAUUGGUGUGUCAUGCAAAACGCCAGAGCAAGCUCAUCAAGCGUGGGUUGAUGGUGCUGAUUACAUUGGUUGUGGCGGUGUAUAUUCAACCAACACGAAAGCAAACAAUAUCACUGUUGGGUUGGAAGGGUUAAAAGCUGUGUGUUUGUCUUCAAAGUUACCAGUGGUUGCAAUAGGUGGUAUCGGAGUUUCAAAUGCACGGGCUGUGAUGGAAAUAGGUGUCGCGGCUCUAAAAGGUGUGGCGGUUGUUUCAGCUUUUUUUGACAGGGAAUCGGUUUUGAAUGAGACCCGGAAGUUGCAUGCACUGCUAAAGGAGACAACCUCAUCUGUAAAAUGAAAAAAAUAAGAAUACCGGUGAUGACUCAGUUCGGUUCGUGUGAGUUUUGUAAUAGACAUAAUGAUUUCUAAAUUACAGACUUGAUUAGUUUUCUCUAGGAUUGAUGGAAGAACAGGAUAAUUUUUUUGUGCCUCAAUAAGUUCAUAGUAGUGAAGAGAACUGUUGAAGAACAUGAUGGUGUUAUUUUGUGGUAUAUCUUUAUGUUGUUGUAUGGAAGUCGGUGAUCUAAAGCUCAUGCUCA